CGCGUUUUAUAGCUUUAUACUUUUUCGCUCAGCCACGGCAGAGCAGUCAUGGCACCUGUUUCAGUCGUUACCGGUGCCAAUCGUGGCAUCGGCCUUCACCUCUGUCGCAAGCUCAAGUCGCAAGGAUACACAGUCAUCGCCACAUGCCGUAAACGCAGCCCUGAGCUCGAGGCGCUCGGCGUGUCCAUUGUAGAAGGUGUUGAUGUGGGUCGGGACGGUGGCUGCGCGCCCCUCACCACCUUCCUGGCAGGUCCCCCAGCCCGCCAGGUUGACUUGGUGGUGUGUAACGCGGGGAUCCUGCAUGAGGACUCGCUGUCAGAGCUAAACCUGGAUCACAUUCGGGAGCAGUUCGAAGUCAACUCACUGGGGCCGCUGCGGACCUAUCUGGCAGUGAAAGAUCGACUCGCGCCGGGGGCCAAGAUUGCCAUCAUCACCUCCCGCAUGGGAUCCAUUGCGGAUAACGGAAGCGGCGGCGAUUACGGCUACCGCAUGAGUAAGGCCGCAGUCAACAUGCUGGGCAUGAACCUGGCCAAGGACCUCAAGGAUCAGGGUAUUGCGGUGGGCAUCCUGCACCCCGGCUUCGUGGCCACCGACAUGACACUCAAAUACCACGGCAUGGACGGUGUCAUCUCCCCCGAGCAGAGCGCUGAGGACCUGGUGGGCAUCAUGCAGCAGCAGCUGAACAUGGAGAGCUCGGGGACCUUCUGGCACCGCAAUGGAACGGUGUUGCCCUGGUAGCGGGGUUGCAUGGGGGGGUCGGUUGUUCAGGAGGAAGACGGAGGGAAAAGAGGAAACAUCUAACUGACCGUGUGAUAAGACGGAGGGAGGUGUAGGUGCUGGAAAAGGGGUUUCGGGAAAGGCGGUGUCCGCCUGUGGUAAUGGAGGCAGAAACACAUGAGGUGUAGUGAAGACGGGAAAGCUCCUGCGGCAGACAC